AUGCCCGGUGUCAUUAUGGACAAUGUCAACGUCGAGGAAUCUAUCCGGCGACCAGGCCAUGGUGAUACCAGAAACGGCGCAUCCAAUACUUUUGAAAAUGCCGACAAAUCUGGUCAUAAUCCUGGCAUGAACGGAUCGACACACGUGAACGGCACAUUGCAACAUACACAGACACUUUCAGAUAAGGCAGGGGACAUCAUGCCAGCGGCACCAUUCGAACUACCACAUAUCACCCAAGGGUUCUUUCCGUUCGGUACACUGGUCAAUCGCUCGGUGCAGCAAUGCUGGAUUGAACUUUCGGAAGUCAUCACAGAACUGGCUGCUAUAGAAGUGCCAACAGCCAAUGGAAAACCGGGCGGCAACCAGUCAGCGGAGAAUUUACACAAGAAAUCACGACUUUUGGAAUUUGCCCAUGACAAGAGAGCUGAAUUCAUCAAACUCCUUGUUCUCUCACAAUGGAGCAGACAGGCUGCAGAUGUGAGCAGACUCAUUGAUAUCCAGGGGUUCAUUCGCACCCGGCAUCAGUCAUACGAUUCUGCUCUCCAGUACGUUGGCGAGGUGAAAAGAGACCUUGUUCGAGCACAGGUCGCCAACCCGGACUUGAAAACGGCCCUGGAGGUUCUUUCAAAAGGACGGGUAGCCUCAUUGCCGGAUCUUGGCUACAAACCCCCUACUCCACUGACAGCACGGGCGACUCUCAAGAAGUUGCUAAAACUCAACCGAAUCAUCAGCGUGCGACUGGUAUUGCAUGAUUCAGUACCAUCUCCACUGCGCAAUUAUCGCGUCCAUGAUGGCCGGGUCACAUUCACAAUUCCUGGCGAAUUUGAACUUGACCUUUCUGUCGCAGAGGAGUCAAGCGCAUCCCAGUUCUUCUUUGUGGAUAUUCGCUUUCUUUUUACUCCAUCAUCGCCUAUUCCAAAAGGUCGAAUCUUCAAUGAACUUGACGGCAAAAUCAACGAGGUACUCCGGGCCGAUGGUUUGAUGGGCUGUUUCCAUUUCCUGCAUGGACUUGUUCUUACAAACAAAAUCAACAUCUUGUUCAAGCAAGCUACAGAGCUUGCACGGGGUCUCUGGGCGAACGCGUUGCAUAUCGAACUACUACAUCGAACACUCGUCGUCCAGUAUUGGCCUCAAAGAUCGGGACCCAAGAGCUGGCUUGAGAUUGGAAUAAAGAGUGGCCAUCGCACUAGCGGUUCUAAUGAUUCAAAGUCCGGAAUCUCUCAUCUCGGCUUCCGAUGGGUCCGCGACGGCCAGCAAGUCAGCAGCGAUUCCAUUAAGUUCAACUCAAAUGACCUCUCCAUGGAGCGUAUCCUCAGAAGCGCCAUUGCAUUACACACAUCCCAUCUUAUCUCUACCGCAUUCGCCACCCUCAAAAAGCACCUUCUUUUCUCCACCCACACACUAUCGCUACAAGCUCAAUUAUCAUCCACUGAGCCUGGAGAUUGUCGCCUUGACGUUCAACUCACAGCCUCGCGUUCUCUUAGAGUUUCCAUAGAACCUAUGUCUGGCUCCAUUACCCUAUGUGGGGUGCCAAACAUGUUGGAGCGUCUUGACGGCGAUCGAACUGUUUUCAAAUCGACGAUAGAAGAGAUUUUAUCUCGCGUCUCCCGAUUGCGUUGUCUUACCGCAGUGGAUGAGAUCGAAUCCGCUACAAGAGCUCUUGGCCUCGAGCCCGUGAGCCAGAGAGUACUCGGGACUGACCCUCGAAGGUUAUUCCCUCCUGGUGUAGUGCGGACCGCAUUGUUCACCCAUCGUCUUUGGAACAAACACUGGGUUGCUGCAGCGACAAGCAGUAUGGAUGGUGACCACUGGUGGCUUGUUCAACUUCGGCCACUUCAGUCGGCUAAGGAAGCGAAGGCGGCGCCAUUGCAUCACAUUGGCAAUGACAACCCGAAUCUUCCGCGAGCCCAUAUCGUUAGUGAAAGUCUGGUUCCCCCAAAGACACGACUCGACUUCACGACUUGCGCGACACUGGUUGAUGGGCUCACCGGAAUACUGGCAAUGCAUGCCAACGCACGCUAUCUGGCGGACCUAUCGAACAUUCAUUUCUGGCCAUCGUUGAAGGAAUUGCACUUGGAACCAAAUAUGACAGUCCCUGAACUCUUGUUCAACUACAAUUCGUCCAUAUUACCCUCUGCCUUUCGGGUGGCGCAACCCUCCGGGGUGAAUACAAAGCCACGGUUCAAAGAGAUGGUUCGACUUGUGUUCCAUGGAAUUGACCGCCAAAGCCACUCUGCUAUAAUAGUGGCACGUGGUACCUUCAAAGUUCGCAUGAAAUGUUUGGCCUCGCUUGUCUCAAAGACGGACCCUUCAUUGAUCAUUGAAGACAGCGGUACUGGUUUUGCACUUCGUUUGCUUGUUCCAGCUGGACAUUCCGUCAUUGUUUCCGUCUUUGAGCGCUUGCAACGACUCGAGUGUGUUCUUUCUAUCUUCGAACCUUUGAUAAGGAAGGGAAUGGAGGCUCGAUCUUUGUCUCUGUCUCAGGUUGCCUUUUUAUACGGGCCCGACAAACAAUACUCUGCUUCUUUCGAUAUUGGGGUCCGAGGCCCUUCCUUGUCUGAUUACGUUGACGUUACUGGUGCCGUCUCAAAAACUAAGCCCAUUUUCCAGCUGGACUUGGGCAUCAAGUUCGACAGCUCCAGUCCUCAUCGCCGGAUCCAAGAGGCCCUGAGCGUGAACUUGAACAAUCCAUCCUCUGGAACGGGCGUUGAUAAGACACUCGGACUCUUGAAUAUCACGCUUCCCUUGUUGCGUUCUUUGGAUCAAAUCACUGAUCCUUCGAGUUCCAUGCAUCGGUCCAUUGUGCACAUCACCGUGCGCAAACCGACUGAAUACCAGCUUCACUAUCCCCGACUGAAGUCUCGCUUCCAGUUGAACUUAACAUUGCAUCAAGAUAUGUGGAUCUGGGUAUUGAAGGAUUCCAACAGUAUGGACCAGCCAGGUCGUAACCAGGUCAUUACUGCAACAAGAGAGAAAAUAUACCAAUCCAGAGGUGAGGGUUGGCAAGGCCUUGCAGACGGCGCAAAAGCGAGUUCCACUAAGAUAGGAAACCUCAUCCUCGUGUUGCAUGAGUGCAUGAAUGCUCCCAAUCUUGAACUUGAGAAAGUCGAAGCGAAACCCGAACAAUUUUCAGAACAAACUCGCAUCAAAGGCGCGACAUCAGCCCCUUCACGGCAACCCAUUGGACUGGGAAAUACCGAUGUCAUCACGAUUGACUAA